AUGAAAGAAGCUUAUUAUGAAGAUGCUGGACUGGACACGGAAGUGCUACUGCUUCAGCUGGAGAAGGAGUUCCGCGAUCGGCAGGUCAAACGAGAGAGGAGCCUGUGCUACUGGGAGAGAAUGCAUAUGGGAAUGAUGGAUCAUAAAAGGCAUCGCAACAGCAAGCUGCUUGAUUGGAGAUGGUGGCUUACUUUGAAGUACCACGGCAAGUUGAGGAUGUUUGCGUCAGGCUCACUGGAAGAUGAAUUGAGAAGGUCCAUCCUGCUUUGGCAGAAGGAACUGGAUGCAAAGAGCAUACUCGCCCGGCGGGCUGCAAAGCGGGCGGCUGACAAAGCUCGAAAAAACGCUGAAUCGAAUUCCUUGGCUGGCAGAUGGAAGCGGCUGCGCAGUUCCAGCGGAAAAAUCAGCGGCCCAAGACCACCAAGUCUUGGUGGUCGAUGGUUGAUACCGUGGCUCUCGGGUCCAGGGAAACCAUACGGGAGGCUUAAGAUGUGCACUAGGAUUCCAACUUGA